GAAACCCAAUCUGAGUUUGUGGUUAAUUUUAUGAAUGAACACAUCAGUGGAAGCAACCUAUGAUAAUCCAAAGUUUUUCCGCAAUACCGUCAUAACUUCACUUAAGUUUGAAACAUCAAAGGGCAGAACAUCAGUCUUUGGGUAUGAAGUGGGUAAGAAGUUUGUGCUGGGGCAAAAUGGGGGUAGGCUUCUCGGAUUCCAUGGAAAAGAAGGUGAAGCUAUUGAUGCUCUUGGAGGUUAUUUUGAACACACUCCUGUUCCCACUCCCACUCCAGUGAUAGGAGAUCCAUGGGGUGAUUACGGUAUCUACGACGGUGUCAAGAAGAUAACAAUAGGACUAUACGAAGAAGGUGUAGCCUUUCUCAAGUUUGUGUACAUUAAAGGCAAUGGCCUAGUAACUGGUGAUGACCAUGGGAAGAUAACUUCACUCGGAGCUGAAGAGAUUGUUCUUGAGGAUGGUGAAUAUCUAAAAGGCAUAAAAGGCUACUAUAGACCUAUACCUGGUGCACCAUUUGGAAAGAUUGUGUCUAUUAAGUUCAAGACGAACAGAAGGGAGACACCUCUGUAUGGAUUGGAUUCUGGUGAGAAGUACUCGUUCGAGGAGAAAGACCACAAGAUCACAGGCUUCUCUGGACGAGCUACCGAUGUUAUUUACGAUAUCAGCCCCAUGUCCAGGCGCAUCUAGUAAAAAAAAAACUUGCUCUGAAUCAAAAACUUUCAAUAAGAGAUUGGUGUGUCUGCAUGUGUUUUCCUUUAUGAAUAUAAAAAGACUUUCAAUAA